CUAGUCCCUUCAACUUUAAACGGCGAAGACUUGGACGAAAUAACGGGAUUUUAUUGCACUUGUUAUUAUUUUUGAAAUGUACAGUAGUAAAAGACAACUGGAUUGCGAAGUAGAUCGCUUAAGGAGGGGCAUUUAGGAGGGAGUGUGCCUACAGAACUAGUGUAGUUUGUAUAUGCUAGCCCGUUAAUAGUUUGCUGGCUAUUUGUUUUGGAGCGCUAGACACUACAGAGUCAUUUGUUGAACUAUGGCGCUCAAGGCGAGGGCUUUAUACGACUUCAAUUCCGAAAACACAGGGGAGAUAUCAUUAAAGGAACAUGAAAUAGUGAGUUUGUACAGCGAACAGGACAUUGAAGGAUGGCUAGAAGGGUCCAACGGCAAAGGCGAGAGAGGUCUCUUCCCCGCGUCCUACGUCGAGAUACUGAAUAACGAGACCGCGUCCACGUUUAACAACAGCACAUCAGAGGAUACUUACCCGGGAUCCCGAUACGACAAUAUUCCAACCGGAGAUUUCGGGGACACCUCAAAUAAAACAUUAAAUCAAAUUGAAAACUUGUCCAAAUCAUCAACAUCGUCUGGGUUGACAGCGUCCUCACCGCCUGCCCCAGCGCAGCAGCAGCGCGGUUACCAAGCCAGCCAGGGCAGCGAUGAAGACUGGGAUGAUGACUGGGAUGACACCUCGACGGUGGCUGACGAGCCCGGGGUUGUUGGGGGAAGUCACCAGGGGGACUUUGAUGGCAACGGAUCGUCUACAUACAGCGUGUCAACAUCGUCUAUGUCCAGAAGUGGCAACGUUCAACCAGCCAAGAGCUCUGCCACGGUCAGUAGAAACCUCAAUAGGUUUUCAACAUUUGUGAAAUCAGGAGGGGAAGCGUUCGUGUUAGGUGAGGCAGCUGGGUUUGUGAAAGAUGGGGAUAAGAUAUGUGUUGUAACGGGACAAUACGGUCCAGAAUGGCAGGAAAACCCGUACCCCUUCGCCUGUACCAUCGACGACCCCACCAAGCAGACCAAGUUUAAAGGGAUGAAGAGUUACAUUGCCUACAAGCUGACGCCCACCCACACACAGAUCCAGGUAAACAGGAGGUAUAAACACUUUGACUGGCUCUAUGCCCGGCUGGUGGAGAAGUUCCCUGUCAUCUCGGUGCCCCACAUCCCGGAGAAACAGGCCACGGGGCGGUUUGAAGACGACUUCAUCUCUAAAAGGAGGAAAGGGUUGAUAUGGUGGAUGAAUCACAUGACUAGUCACCCGGUCCUGUCCAAAUGUGACGUUUUCCAGCACUUCCUCACUUGCAACAGCAUGGACCAGAAGUCAUGGAAGCAGGGGAAGAGGAAGGCAGAGAAGGACGAGAUGGUGGGGGCCAACUUCUUCCUCACUAUCUCCACCCCCUCCGGACCCCCCCUGGACCUAGUCGAAGUCGAGUCCAAGAUCGACGGCUUCAAAGCGUUCACUAAGAAAAUGGACGACAGCGUGGUCCAAGUCAACGCCACCACCAACGAAUUCGCCCGGAAACAGAUCACAGGGUUUAAGAAGGAGUACCAGAAAGUGGGCCAGGCGUUUAAAGUCCUGGGGCAGGCGUUUGAGCUGGACCAGCAGGCAUACUCGGUAGGGUUGAACCAGGCCAUAGCGUAUACAGGAGAAGCAUACGAUGCUAUUGGAGGCUACUUUGCAGAGCAGCCAAGACAUGAUGUGGACCCUUUAAUGGAUUUGUUACAGCUGUACCAGGGACAUCUGGCCAACUACCCUGACAUCAUCCACGUACAGAAAGGAGCACUUACCAAGGUGAAGGAGUCCCAGAAGCACGUUGAGGAAGGCAAGAUGGACGCUCCCCAGGCGGACGGCGUCAACGAGCGCUGUGACAUCAUCUCCUUCGCCACGCUGGCAGAGAUCCAGCACUUCCACCAGGUCAGGGUGAGGGACUUCAAGGCCCAGAUGCAGCGGUAUCUAACCGAGCAGAUUGGCUUCUUCCAGAAGAUCACAGGCAAGCUGGAGGAGGCCCUGCAGAAGUACGACACCGCUUAGUGCAGAGAGGGGUUUGGAGGGACACCCCUGAUUGGUCUAGAUCUGAUCGGCCACUUUCUGAUUGGUCCAGAUCUCAGAUCCGACCCUCCUAUUAGGUCUAGAUUGGUCCAGAUCUGACUUUUUGACCUUGCUUAUCCAGCCAAUCAACCGCCUGACAGCAAUACAAUCCACUGUGAGAAAAAGACAGAGAAACCUGGAUAGCAUCAAACAUGAGAUUGAUUAGCUGUCAUUAGCAAAGGGUGGCUACUUUGAAGGAUCUCAAAUAUAAAUUAUAUUUUGAUUUGUUUAACACUUUUUUGGUUACUACAUGAUUCCAUAUGU